GGCUGGCAGGGAGCGCCUGGGCGUUUGCGCCGCAAAAGGGGAAUCGUCCCGUGGUGAAAUCCGGUACGCAGCGCGCGGCUGUAGUUUUCGGAGAUGUUCCUUGGGUUCCCCUUACCCUCCUUCCGCAAGGUGCUGGGAGAGGGGGGCCCGCAUCCCGGACUUCCCGGUGGCCAGAGGCUCGGACCAGACCUGGGAUGCAGCAGCAGAGCAUACUCCUGGGUGGUUUUUUUCCUUUACGAGAUCCUUUUCUAAAAUGCUUGUGUGAUGUAGGAGCUCAUGGUCUGGAAACGCUCCUGCAUCCCACAGGUGCUCCUUGCACUCCCAUAUUCAGUGUGAAUUUUAUGAUUUGUUUAUUAUUUCCUGUAUUUUCUGAACAAGCUGCCAUGCAGGGCACAGUUCGAGGUUAUAGCAGGUAAACGGGGUGGGACGUAUGUUCCAGCGCCCUGUUGGACAUGCUGCAAGGGAUGGAGAUGGUUCUCAGCCUCAGCCACCACCUGGAGGAGGACAGCCUGCCCAUGGGAGUCAUCCUUCUUGGUCUGACAGCCCCUGGUGACAAAAAACCUGCACGCCCACAAUCUGAAGGACAGCUGAAGGGAGGGACAGUGUCACGGCCAGCAGUUGCGCUGGCUUGGCGGACACGGGAAGGCUGUUGGGGUUGAGCAGUGGGGCAGAAAGCAGGAAGGAAGAGAUGCCCACGGGGAAGCAGCUGAGGAUGUGAUGGAGGUCCAGACAAGCAGCUGGAGAGAGGGCAGGACUUGGGACUGGGGCUGAACCAGAAGCCCCAAAUGACUUGUCACUGUGGUGUGGUGGAAGGGCUGGCUCCCAGCACCGCUCUCUGUGGAGCAGUUUGGUGUUUUGGGGUUUUUUUUGGGGGGGAGGAGUUGCAGGGACCAGCUCGCUCAUGGACAUGCCCAGACAGUUUGUGUACCCACCAGAAAGGAGAGGUGGCCAUCCAUGCCUGUCUCCAGGGCUGUCAGAUGCUCACCAGCUGCCACAGCCCCAGUCCGGCAUUGCCCAGCCUAGCACAGCUCUUCCAUUCUGUGAUUCCGUAGCCUGGGAGGUGUUUUGGUCCAUCUUUGCCUCAGGAGCAGAGUUGGGUGCAGCCGCAGCAGAUGUAAGGUCUGCAUUAGCUGGGCACUGAGGAACAGGUGUGAUGAGAACGGAGCGGUGGAUGUGCUGUCUUCCACGUGCCUUGCUGCAAGAGACGAACGGUGGGAGAGGAUUGAUAAAUGAGCUAGGCGCUGAAGAUGGCAGGCAGCUCCGCUCCUUGGAUCGGCAGCGCUUAUCUCUUCCUCCAGUCGACAUGCAAGAGCAUCGUUCUGCCGUCUCUCUACGAAAGCUCGCAAAAGAAACCCAGCGUGUUCAAGGCACUGAAGCUGGCGUUAGCAGACUCCACCGGCAGCGUGAACGGCGUGGACAUGCUCAAAGUGCACUGCAGCCACCCACACCUGAUAGUCCAGCUCAAGUUCUGCAAGCAGGAGAACUGCCGCCGCUUCCUGCGGAGUUACCGGGAAGGAGCGCUCCAGCAGUCCCUCCAGAAUCACCUCCAGCUCUCCUUGGCCAUGACCACGGUGCCUCUCGAAAUGGAGCUGAAGGCUGGCAAGGAACACCUCGACGACAUGCUGAAGGAUGAGGAUCGCUGCGUGGAGUGCAUCUACAGAGAAAAGCCUGACCGCCUGCGGGAUGAGGAGAUCACGGAGCUGGAGGAGUGCCUCAAGAGCCUGAUCGUUCACCAGAGCAUCAACAACAACACGGCUGUAAAAGACUGCGCAUCUCUGCACUCCCCAUCUCUGCCUUUUCCGUCUCAAGGCAGCUCCCUUUCCCCGCAAGUCACCUUCAUCUUUCAGGGACAAGAGUUCGCCAACAGAAUGCUCACGCCGGAUGACCACCAGAAAUUUGCCAAGCUUGUGUCCAAGAAAUGGAAGCAAGUGGGUCGCUCGUUGCAGAAGAGCUGCCGGGCCCUGCGUGAUCCCGUCAUUGAUAACCUGGCCCUCGAGUACGACCGAGAGGGACUGUAUGAACAAGCCUAUCAGCUGCUCCUCAGGUUUAUCCAGUCGGAGGGGAAGAAAGCCACGAUAGCGCGGCUGAUCUCAGCCCUGGAAGAAAAUGGUCUCACCAGCUUGGCUGAGGAGCUCUUGGGCCUCCAUUCCAGCGAGGACUGCUCCUAGAGCCCACGGGGUCAUGGCAUCGCUAAGGGCUUUCUCGCUUUAGCUAGUGUAUGGGACUGCUGCCAGCGGCUGGGGAUGUAAAGCCCUGAAAAUCACCGCAGGUUUCCAGGUAGGUGGGAAUGGCCGGGGGAGAGGUUCUGUGCUCGCAGAAGCCAGCACGGACCUCUGAUGUCCCCAUUGUGUGUCCAGAAGUCAACGUUACUUUCCCAUGAAGUGGUGAGAGAGGCUUUCAGCCUGACUUCCCUCAGGACUGAGCCGUCACAGGGAAGAGCCAGGCAGUCAGAGAGCCCUGGGGGAGAGUGGGGGAGAGGAGAGAGCAAGGAAGGCACCUCGGAGAAUUCCUCUGGGAAGCAGGCGAUGCCACUGUUUCUUAGGCGGUGGCCCAGGCCAUCACCUAGAGAGCUGCGAUAGAUUUCUUAUAUUGAAGACAUUUUUACCCUCAGGCAUGACACCAACCGAAGACAGAGAGGAAAUUAAGGAAAAGUCAGUUUUACAUUAUUUUUCCUUCUUCAAAUGAGGAACAGACACCUGCAGCAAGUGCAUCUGCCCUGCCCUACUGUGGUACAGCUCCUUCCCACCUCUCUCCACCCAAAGGUUUCCCUUUUACCUGGGACAGCCAUAAUCUUCCACAAAGCACCAGAUUGCUGCUGUAGAACAAAUUUCAGGCUCGGAACAAGCCAUCCGAACAAACACAAUUUCGGAGAACGAUUCCCAACUCUUGGUUUGUGGUGGACAAUACUAUUUUGCCUACAUCGUGCUCAGCUCUUUCCCACCAGCCCGAGGGAGCCUGUACCUGUGAGAAGCAACACGCAGUGCUGGAAGGAAAAUUGUCACCUCGUCAGCGAGUUACCUGUGGAGUGCAGAUGGGAGCUGCUGCUCUGAAGUGGGUCGCAGCACCAGAUCCCAUCCUGAACCCGGUGACCAGCUGGCUGCUAGCGCCUUCGCUCGCUUCUGGACCACGUACCCUCAGCCUGCUGAGUUCACCGGAGAGGAUCGCUCAUGCCGUCGUGUCUCACGAGCAUCGGGAUCUGCCCAGAGCCUUUCCCUGGCGGUGUUGUCACUGUGUGACAGUGGGGCAUUAGCUGCUGUGCCUGGAUUUACCUGCCCUGAUUUCGAGGGUAAAAAUGGCUUCAAAGACAAAGCACCCAAGCCCCAGGGCUGACUUGUGCUUCCAGUUCUGCUGGGAGAUGCCAGCUCUCUCCUGGUACGGGUGAUGCAGACUGCAACAGAGCGCAGUUUACACCUUUGCCCAUAAAGCACAGAGCAACACGUGUCUAGCACGGCACAGGUCUUGUGAAC